AUGGUGCCCACAGGAAUGUUUUCCUUUUCUUCUCAAACAGGACCAUCGGACCCCUUGAGUGGUUCGUGGGAAACGACAGGAGAAGGUGCACAGAACUUUCAAGAUUUCUCAGACAACGGAUCUACCCACCCGGGAGACUCCGAGGACUUUUCUUUCCAAGUUGAUGGUCACAUCACGCCCCGAGGACAGGGCCAAGCCACCGAGGACAUGCAUAGCAAGUGGGCUACUGCCGCUCCCACCACAACCGUGGUGCCUGCUGGCGGCGAGUCGAUGCGAAGAGGGACUUCGCGCAGCUCGACCGGAAGCCGCAAGCACAGGAUUUCCAAGGUUACAUCUCCCAAGACCCGCCCCAGAUUGACUUCUGCGGCGUCGUCUCAAGUAUCUGCCCAGCUGUCCUCCAUGGACAUCACAGGUAAUGCCGUCAUCUUCAACGGACCCCAACACAGCGCCCAAAUGAUGGACGUGAACCCCUACUUCCUGGACGCGGACACGAGCGCCGUCUCGUCGCAAUGGUUUAACUCAAUGGAGCUCGGCAUGGUCCCCGACGGCAUCUCGUCUGGCGACCUGAACAUGCACGUCGUGCCUGCUCAGAUGCAGUUGGACCCUGACUCGAGCCUGGGUGCUCACUCUCCUUCUGCCUCGUGGAACUCUUUCAGCCCCGCCGAGUCUCACCUGUCGUCGCCCGCCGGCAGCACUGAGGACUCGUGGCUGUCUGCCCCACUCAUGUCCUCGCCCUCUCACUCGGAGCACGUCUCCCCCAUUAUCCAGAGCCAGUCUCCAAGCGCCCACGGAAAGUUCAUGGGAGACGAACUCAACGGAAGUGUCCUCACCAUCGUCGGCGAUGCCGCUCUGCCCCCUGCGUUCCCCAGCCGCCGGCCUACCAACGAGGGUGACUCCGCACGGGACCACCCCCUGUACAAGAACGCGACCCCGCAAGCCGAUGGCUUGUUCCACUGCCCGUGGGAGGGAGAAUCCAGCUGCAACCACAAGCCCGAGAAGCUCAAGUGCAACUACGACAAGUUCGUGGACUCCCACCUGAAGCCCUACCGCUGCAAGAUUGAUUCCUGCGAGAACGCCCGGUUCUCCUCCACCGCCUGCCUGCUCCGUCACGAGCGUGAGGCCCACGCCAUGCACGGCCACGGCGACAAGCCUUUCCUGUGCUCCUACGAGGGAUGCGACCGCGCCAUGCAUGGCAAUGGAUUCCCUCGCCAGUGGAACCUCAAGGAUCACAUGCGCCGUGUCCACAACGACAAUGGAGUCCCUGGAUCCCCCACCAGCACAAGCAACGGACAGCAGAGCUCCAAGGGUCGCAAGCGCAAGGAUGCCCCCAAGGUCGUCGGACCUGUCCCUGCCUCUCGCAAGGUCACCGCCAAGGCCGCUGCCGUGGAGGCCGCUGCCAAGGAGGAGCAGUCUUCCAAGCCUCUCAUCGAGGAGUGGAUGGCCCACCGCCAGGCGCUCGAGGACAUCGUCCGUGGCCUCAACCAGCCCGAGGACACCAGGAACGUCCAGCUCAUUCAGGACGCCCAAAACCACCUGUCCGCCAUGGGCAAGAUCGGACACAACCUGAGCCCGUCUCAGCCAAUGGAUGCCAAGAUGCCCUUCCUCCAGAACUUUGUCCAGGCCGGAUGA